AGGGCAGCACGCUGGACGCUGGGAGCUGCUCAGCGCACGAACAUUUCCCCAUACACAGGAACAGUAGCUAUGUCGAAUGAGAUGAGUGCACCUCUUCUCUUGGAUGAAGAGGAUGGAGUUGAUGAUGCACAGGCAGCUUCUUGUUCAUCCACUGUGGCCAUACUGGGUUCUGGUGACUUCUCACGGUCAUUGGCUAUGCGGCUGGUGGCAUGUGGUUUUGGUGUGGCAGUGGGGAGUCGCUGUGUAAGGCGCAUUUCUCCUGGUCUCUUUCUGGAUGCGGUGGAGUUGAACAGUCAGGAGGCAGCAGUAGCAAAAGCCAAGAGGCUGGUCUUCAUGGCUCUGUUCCCUGAGCACUAUUCAUCCCUGUUGGGCCUCAGGACAGCACUGGCUGGAAAGAUACUCGUGGACGUGAGUAACGCUGUGGAGUUGAACAGCAAGAGACCAUCUAAUGCAGAGAGACUUGCAGAGAUGUUCCCAGACAGUGUGGUUGUUAAAGCCUUCAACACAAUUUCUGCCUGGACUCUGCAGACUGGUGCACAGGAUGGUAACCGGCAGGUGCUGCUGUGCAGUGACAGUGCAGAAGCAAAGCGUGAGGUGGCCCAGCUCGCCCGGCGCAUGGGCUUUUACCCAGUAGACGUUGGCAACCUGUUUUGUGCACAGCAUCUUGAAAGAAAGCCAUUGCAUCUCUUCCCAUCAUGGCGUGGCUCUGUCCUCACUACCUUCCUGCUCUUCUUUUUCUUCUACUGCUAUGGAUUUAUCCGUGAGAUUCUCUUGCCAUACUUGUCCAAUGGACAAAACUCCUUUUACCGCUUAGUCUUUGAUCUAGUGAACGAAAGCCUGCCAUGCGUGGCACUAGUCACCCUGGCACUGGUGUACCUACCGGGGCUGUUUGCAGCAUGGCUGCAGCUGUGGAGAGGCACCAAGUACCAGCGAUUCCCCUGCUGGCUGGAUGCCUGGCUGCUGCGGAGGAAACAGCUCGGCCUACUGAGCUUCUUGUUUGCUGCUCUGCAUGGGGUGUACUGCCUCUGCCAUCCACUUCGUACCAUCACACAACGCAGGCUUAUCAACACUGCUUACUCACAGGUGAAGUCAGGUGUGGAGAUGCCUUGGGAUGAACAGGGAGUAUGGCGCACUGACCUCUAUUUAUCCACUGGAGUGUUAGGUCUGGGCAUGCUGUCCCUGUUGGCUAUCACAUCUCUACCCUCAGUGGGCAACAUCCUCACAUGGAGAGAGUUCAGCUUCAUUCAGUCUGGACUGGGCUAUGCUGCUUUGACUCUCUCUGUCAUGCACACGUUGGUGAUUGGCUGGAAUUUUGCAUUCUCCUCCAAGACCUAUGCGUUCUACAUGCCACCCAGCUACAUGCUAGCUGUGGCCCUGCCAUGUGCUGUGCUGGUGUGCCGAUGUUUCCUGCUGCUGCCAUUUGUCUCCACCAGGUUGACGCGCAUACGCCGGGGCUGGGAAAGCACACGCAAAUGCCCUGUGUCACAGCACCAGCGAGUGCAGGAGAACAGGACAGUUCCACAGGUCUAGUUGGGACAGUCAGUUGACACUGAUGAUUCAUUUACUGGUUUACAUUAAUAGUUUGAAUUUAGCAUUUCCAUAAGCAUAACACAGUGCACAUUUUUAAAAUGCCGUAGCCUUACUUGCUGCAAUGUGAAUGGCGUUAUUACAUUAUUUUCCAAAUUUUUUAACAGUUAAGGGGGUUGAUAAGAACCAGCAAUGGCCUUUCAUAAACUUUUAGAGACAGAACAUACUGUACUAGCAUUACACAACACUGCAAACUAUUAAUGGGCUUUGAAAUAGCUAUUGUGUGAUAUACCAGUAUAGCCAUAAGCAAUCAUUUGUAUCAGGUAGGCUGUGACACUAUAAUUAAAAAAGCAACACUAUUUCAGAUGGGCUAGUAGCAAAUGGGAUUUUUUUAAGGAUAUACCAGUUGUUGAAAAGUGGAAACAGUAUUUCUCCAUUGUUUAGAUUUUGGAAGGUGCAUUCAUCUUAUCCAGACUAGUUUUUUUUUUCUUUUUAAACAAAAACAACCUUGAGUAGUUUCCUUAACAUUUCAGUAAUUGCACUGCAUAGUUUUCGUUGACUUGAAAACUGGCACAAUGUAAAUAGAUACUGUUUGCUGAAAGUCUACUUUCUUUCUUCUUUUUUUUUAAACCUUUAAACCCAUGUUAGUAGCCACUGUCAGCCUUUCCGCUGGACCAAUAUCCUGUCAUUAAAAGCUUACCUCUGUUGGUCCACAGUAAACCUUUUAUCACUAAGCUUAUACCAUAAUCAGUGCUUAAUGACUUCCAACUAUUUCCCUGUUAAGCUAGACAACAUACAUUCUAAAACCUUAUUACAGCAAUUAAAAGUGUCCUUAUCUAGUGAAAGUUCACUAUGAUGGUUAAAUGUAAAGGAAUGUGUUGUAUAGGCACCUAACACGAGAUAAGCACAGGUCCAACCUCUAGUCACACUUCCUGAGAUAACUUUGGCUUUUAUGUGAAAUGUCAAAAAGGACUUUGCAUUUGAAAUUUGGAAGUUUUUUUAAGGGUGGGCAGUGUGUGUGAAAAUGAAAACAUUUCAUGAAAUGAAAUUACACAUUCUGCAACUGAUUUUGAAUUACGUCUAUACACUGCUAUAGCAGAACUAUACACUGUCAUAAAGGAAAUACCUGUUUAUCUAUUGUAUAAUUAGCAUUGGAAUUUUAAUAAACCCUGAAAAUGCUGCUUCAAUGAUCAUAGUUUAAAAUCUUGAAUCAUGAAAUAAUCACCAAUCAUUUCCAGUUAAAAAGGAGAAUAUAGUUAUCUCAAACAACUCAACCCACCUCAAUGCUCUCAGGUGUGAAGUAGUGGAAAAGUCAAGCUAGGACUUGAACAGUCCC